AUGCACCACACCGGCGUCCUCUCCAUACGCCAGGCAACGUGCCUGCUCCCCCUCCCCCUCCUGCUCCUCCUCCUCACACCCCGCGCCGCUCGCGCCGAGAACCGCUUCCGCCGCCCGCCCGGCCCCGGUCCCUCCGGCGACUUCCGCGACAACCCCGUAUAUGCGCUCGGCAGCCAGCUAGAUCUACAGUGGGAGACGGACUUCGCCUCCGUCAGCCUGCUCAUGUGGCACGAGGCCUACUACACCUCCGAACCGACGUAUACCACCAUUAUCUCAAACACCAAAUCGCCGGGCAUGCUCUGGACCGUCAGCUACAACGGCUUCCCCGCGCACCGUGACCCGUCCGCGAGCCCCGUCUAAUUC